CUUCGAGCUUUGCAGCACAAUGCCCACCCAGCCGCCCCUCCCUCCCCUCCUCACACCCUACGUCUCGUCCCUGCCGCCCUCGUCCCUCACCCUUCUAUCAUCAGUCCUCGGCGCAACAGGAAACUGGCUAGUCCUAAGAUUUCUGCACGCCGCACUGAGCCAGCCCUCUACGUCCGAUGGCGCGCUCGGGUUCAGUGACUCCAACAAUGGAAAGAAGAGGAAGGUGGUGCUGGUGAGUUUUCUGCGGGGUUGGGAGUUUUGGAGGGCCGAGGCCAAGAGAUUGGGCCUCGACCUCGCCCGCCUCACAGACAAACGCCAAUUCGCAUUCAUCGACGGCCUGUCCGAACUCUUCGCCGCUCCUCCAACACCCUCCCCUUCCCAUACCUCCCCGACACAUGGAGCCGUGCCUCCCCGAACAGUCCUGCCCCUCAGGUCACAGCCGGGUCCCGUUCCCGCGCGAGGACCGCAACCCGCGCGGCCAGUCGCUACACCCCCAAAUCCACCGGUCUCGAGGGAAAUUGGUCCUGUCAAGCGACUUCAUCUGUCGGGGAAUGGAACUUCAGCGUUGGACGGGCUUGAGAGGGAUAUUACGGCCGUGAUUAAUGACUUGAGGACGUCAACGACCCCCGGGGACGAACAGGGAGAAACUGAGGUGUUACUGAUCAUCGACCAACCGGAUCUGCUACUAGCCGCGACGGGGCCAGGUAGGGGCAUAGGUGCUACGGAGAUGGGGGAUUGGGUGAUGGGGCUACAACAGCACAUCCAUGCGACACUUUUGACUCUUUCCGCUGACUCGCCGCUGAUACACAAUGCGUCUGCGUUUGCGCACCAGCCGACGACCCCGCUAGAGACCGAACACGCGGCGUUUGCGAUUGGGUCGGCGCAUCGCGCGCACAUGGUUAUGCAGCUGCGUAACCUGGAGACGGGGGCCGCCAGGGACGUCAGUGGGGUGCUGAGGGUCAGCAAAGGAGGCGCGUGGGGGCAAAGCAGCGUUGACGACCAUUGGGAAGAAAAGGAAGUCCUAUACUUUGUGCAGAGGGACGGCGGGGUCAGUGUAUUUGGCCGCGGGGAAUGAUUACGAUAGGGCUAUGAUGCCGUCACUUCCGGGCGUUCAGGCGCAUGUAUAUAGAAUAGAUCCGAUGCAUGGGAGUAUAG